AUGCUUCUCGCUAUUUUUGGCUUUUUGGCACCUCCCACUGCCAUUGUGGCAGAUUCAGCCUCCUGCUAUGGCUCAGAUGUGGUUUCCACCCCGUCAACAGAUUAUCGUAACAUACCAUGGGGAUCCCCUACCGUUCACUUCUCAUCAUUGAAUGGUACAUUGACCACAUAUUGCAAUUCAUUGGACGAGAUUCGCACUGCACUAGAUGAUAUCGAUGAUCAACUUUUAGAUAUUCUCAACAGACGAGCCGCGUACGUCAAGGAGGCAACUCGGUUCAAGUCUACGCGAGCUGCUGUGAACGUCCCUUCUCGGAACGAGGCCGUCUUGAAACAGGCAGAACUACAGGCUAUGCAUAUUGGGAUGCCGGUGACGAUUGCCCGGGCGGCCAUGGGGGCCAUUUUGAAUUCUAGUGUUGCUUUUGAGGAAUGCAUCUUUGAUGGUGAAGAUUAA